CAUGUGUCAUCUGCUAUAAAUACACACUUUUCUACUGCCACCACCCUUCUCCAUUCUAGCUCCCAAACUGUUCUUCUGCUUAAUCGCAUAUUUUCUGGAUCAGAUUAGGCGCUUUGCCGUGAAGGCGAGAAGGAUUCCUGAUGGCGUCGAAGAGGAUACUGAAGGAGCUCAAGGAUUUGCAGAAGGACCCUCCGACGUCUUGCAGCGCCGGUCCUGUUGCGGAAGAUAUGUUCCAUUGGCAGGCAACGAUAAUGGGGCCUACUGAUAGCCCUUAUGCUGGAGGUGUAUUUUUGGUCUCGAUCCAUUUCCCUCCUGAUUAUCCUUUUAAGCCACCAAAGGUUGCUUUUAGGACGAAGGUAUUUCACCCUAAUAUCAACAGCAAUGGAAGCAUUUGCCUUGAUAUUCUGAAGGAACAGUGGAGUCCAGCCUUGACUGUUUCUAAGGUCCUGCUGUCAAUCUGCUCUCUGUUGACUGACCCAAACCCUGAUGACCCACUGGUUCCUGAAAUCGCUCAUAUGUACAAGACAGACAGGAGCAAAUACGAGACUACUGCUCGUAGCUGGACCCAGAAGUAUGCCAUGGGAUAAACUGAACAAUCAACCCGGCUAGGCCUCAUCGUCUAUGGUUAAUCCAGAAAAUAAAGCAGUGUUUGGUAUGGUAUUUUGUCCUUAACUGGUUAACUCUUGAUGGUUGUUUGUGUAUGCAGUACUCCAUUUCCGAAUUUGUGAAUACAAGUAUUCGACAUCUGAUCAAAAAUGCUUUUUUUGGUCUCAA